CUUCCGGCCAGUAAUCUCUCACCCCAGUGGCCCUAGCAAUCAAGCCUAGAUGAAGGUCAUCGCCGCGUACCUGCUCGCCGUCCUCGGCGGAAACCUCCAGCCCUCCGCCGAUGACCUUAAGAGCAUCCUCGGAUCAGUUGGGGCUGAAGCAGAAGAUGACAGAUUAGAGCUCCUUCUUAGUGAAAUAAAGGGGAAGGACAUCACGGAGCUAAUUGCCUCUGGUAGGGAGAAACUGGCUUCGGUUCCUUCCGGCGGUGGUGUUUCUGUCGCUAUUUCUGCUGCCGGUACUGGAGAUGCCGCUGCUGCACCUGCUGCGGCCGAGUCGAAGAAGGAAGAGAAAGUUGAAGAGAAGGAAGAGUCUGAUGAGGACAUGGGCUUCAGUUUGUUCGAUUGAGGAAUUAGGGCUGUUAAAUUUCUGUUUAUUGGUAGGUAUUAGAGUUCCAAUCACGCCUAAUUGUUUCUUUCCAGUUUGAACAUUUUUGAGAAGAUAUUAAUUGUUGAUUGGUCAACUUUUGAAUAAUUUUGUUUUCAUGUCAACACAAUUUUGAUCGUUCUGUUUACAUUCCACCCUGUGAAAGUGAAACUGAGAUUAAUUCCAUUGGGUUAAGAUGAUAUUAAAAUCAAUGAAGCUUUCUGCAAA